AUGUCAGUAGUCAUUGUUAUAAAUACAGUUUCAGGAGACUCCAACCAAUCAUCACCCUGCGAAUCGCCAUCCAUCAAGGGCAAGCGGGUACGCACGUUUAUUACAGCUCAACAGCUGAAAGUACUGAAAUCAGUUUACCUGAGUACCCCUCGCCCUGAUUUGGCCGAACGCCACAGGAUCUCCGAAGUGACUGGGCUUGAUAUGCGAGUUGUGCAAGUAUGGUUCCAAAAUCGUCGUGCGAAAGAAAGGAGACAGAACCACAGAGAUAAGAACCCCUGGAUAAACCAUUUCAAUAAAAUUGCCAAGAGGAGAUCUCUUUCCCUGGAUUUGUCUUCCACAAUCGGUGCUACAUCCUAUCCGGAAGGCCAGGUUUCUGCGUUUUCUAGCUGUAGUGCUGCCCAGCAAACAGAAGCCGUCAACCAGUCAGCCAUAAUGGACCCAAUGUCUUCCUUAGCCAUGCGAAGAGUGGCGAGUGCCCCUGUGUCACCUUCUGUCACUUCUGGUGCAAGAUUCUCUUUCGCUUUCCAUUCACCUAGCUUUCCACCAGUACACGAACUUCUGGAGCUAUGCGAGGAGGAGCUGCGCACCCUGAUGCAUCAACCUCCAGCCUGCACUCAGCUAAGCCCCACCCAUAGCUACUACGCUGACUCGGAGAGUGGACUCUCUAAUAUAAACACGCCAAUUGAUGAACGCUACUUUGUCUUCCCAGAUACUAGCACACCCAGCAGUAGUGCCUAUCCCUCGUCCUCUCUAGCUUUCUCUUUUGAUCCUGUGGUGACCAAUACCUUGAGUAGUGCAACGCGUCCGUGA